GAAAAAGACGCCAACUUGCACUCACGAGUCGAGGCGGUUUUAUUUUUUGUGCAUUCUGUUUCGUCCCGAUCCUUGGCCGUCCUUGGCAUUCUCUUGCUCCAGUGCUGCACCGGCACGCUCUCUUGGCCUUGGCACGCCUGCCGCAAGCAGUCGCUCCAACUCUGGGCAUUCUUGGUAAAGAGUGGGGCACCUAGGGCUCGCUCUCGAUUCGGAGCCUUCAAGUCAGGUGAUUAGUGCUCGGCCGGCCUGAUUUAAAACCCACAACCCACAACCCACGUGAUUUUUCGGAACGGAAACCGUUCAACUCCGAACUUGGCCAUCACCAAAGCGAGGAGGAAGACUUGCCAAGCAUUAAGCGACCGCGCACGAGCCAUGUCGGCAAUCCCACAGCCCACGCAGGCUCCUCCUGCCCAGGAGGACAACAGCAGCAACAACAACAAUAACAAUAACAACAAUGACGCCACGGCUCCGGCUCCGGCUCCGGCUCCGGCUGCGGCAGCUCCAGCCUCGGCGACUUCGAAUCCCGCUUCAACCGACAACACUCCGGCGCCCUCGACUGGGGCGGCCGGGAGCGCGUCCUCCAGCAGCGGCCAGAAUGACACCUUCCCUUGCCACUGGGAGGGCUGCAAGGAAGUGUGUCAGACUCCCGAGGCUCUCUAUGAACACAUCUGCGAGAGGCAUGUCGGCCGCAAGAGCACCAACAAUCUCAACUUGACCUGCAAAUGGAACCAGUGCCGCACCACGACGGUCAAGCGCGACCACAUCACUUCCCACAUCCGUGUCCACGUGCCUCUGAAGCCGCAUAAAUGCGACUUUUGUGGCAAGUCGUUUAAGCGGCCCCAGGACCUCAAGAAGCACGUCAAGACGCAUGCCGACGACUCGGUGCUUGUCGCCGGUCGUGGCCCCCAGGACCAGCCUGGCGGCAUGAACCCAGGCUACCGCCCCCACCCGGGCAACAAGCCUCCCUCCGGCUUCUAUGAUCACAAUGGCCAUAUGCGCGCUACUAACACGGGCCACUUUGGCCACCCGCACCAGAAUGGUCAGCCUAGCUACUACGGCCAGCAGCAGCCGCCCCCCCAGCCGACGUAUCACACCCCCAUGUACUAUUCGCAUCCCAUGGGCGGCCCUCGCACCGACUACAUGGGCCACCAGCCCCAACGCUUCAACGAGGCCCGGAAGCCCGACUUUGAGACCCUGAACGAGUUCUUCGGUAGCAUUAAGCGCGCACAGAUCGACCCCCGCUCGUAUUCCCAGAUCGGCCGCUCUCUGAUGCCUCUCCAUGCCACCCUCGGCCUGCACGCCGGUGGCGGUCUGGCUGCCGAGUACAUGCCGCAGGCUCCCCACACUCUGGGCGGCGUCGGUGGUGUCUCGCACGGUCCGCUCACCCAGCACUAUUAUCUGCCGCCGAUGCCCAAUCUUCGCACCAAGGAGGACCUUCAGCAGAUCGACCACAUGCUGGAGCAGAUGCAGGCGACAAUCUACGACAACUCGGGCUCUCCCAACACCCAGUACGCGCCUGUUGACAUGCGCCACUCGCCCGCCUACUCUUCUCGCCCGGCCGUCGACGGGUACGCCGUUUCGGCCGCCCAGGUCAUGUCUCCGGUCAGCGCGCCGACCCACUCGGACGGCGGCACUCCGGCCGUCACCCCGCCCUCAAGCACCUUGUCGUACACGUCUGGCCACUCGCCUACCGCCUCGUCGGCCGGCAUGUCGCCGUCGUCGCGCCACAGCUCGACCUCGGUCUCGUACCCGAGCCUCCCCAGCCGCCCGAACCUGCCGUACCCGUCCUCGGCCGGUCUCGGCUCGACCUUCGCCCACAACGAGCAGCGCCGUCUCUCGGGCGGCAUGCUCCAGAGCCCCAGCGGUGCGCGCCGCGACGGCAACCAAACGCCCACCCCCAAGGCGCUUGAUGGCGCUGCCGUGAGCUCGCCGUCCGAGGGGUCGGAAGGCGGCGACAAUGAGACCUAUGACGAGUGGCUGCAUAAUGUGCGUGCUGUCGAGUUCCUGCGCAACUACGUCCGCCAGCGCCUCGAGCGUCACGACUACGACUCGGACUCCGACGAUGGCCGCGUUGAUAACAGCCGCAUCGACCCCGCUCUGGUCGACCGCAGCCGCGACCGCGUCAACUACCCCUCGCUGCCGCCCGUACAGUAAGUAAAUUGCGGCUUGGUCACAAGGCACUCUGGAAGGUUUCUCCCCGAAGAGAGGGACACCGCCUAGCCUUGUAUGCGGGGACUUUGUCGCCUUUCAUUGCGUUCCAUUUUUUUUUUUUACCUUUUUUUUCUCUUUCUGAAAGAUACCUCCCACCAGCAGCUUUGCCAAGUAUAGCAGCCUGGGACGUUCUCGUCCGGCUAGCGGCCGGCAUAUCUGGUGGGAAAUGCAAUCCAAAAAGAUGGGAUUGGGGUGGCGCAGUUUUAGUAGCUUCGUGAUACGUCGGGAUGACCAGGUGGUUCGGGGCGCAAUUGCUAUCAGAUGGCUUCACGCGGCUGUUAGGCCUGAUGAAUAUAUGGAUUUGACCAUGGUACAUGUACACUACGAAUUUCCCUUUUGUAGAUGCUCUUCACUCUACAAUACCAAGGGAUCAUGAUCAACCAAACGAUAAA